AUGUUCAACCGCCGCUACGGCAAGGUCAUGGCCGCUUGGGUAGCCUCGCCCGGGGCGAGCGACCGGGGCCAGAUUCCGAACCUAGUCCACUUCGUCUACGUGCUCGAGAAGCCGACGCAAGACCUCCGGUUCCGGUUCCAAGAGUACCUCUCCCUCUACGCGGCCAUGCACUACUGGGGCCCGGACAAGAUCUACCUCCACACCAACGCGCACCCCGACGCCCUCGCCCGCGCCGCCAGCGGGGCCUCGGAAAAUGGAGCCGCCUGA